AUGAUUCUGGAUUUCCUUAUUUACACAGGAGCUACAUCUGACAUAAUGCGAUUUCCAGAUCUCGGAGUUUCUGGUUCAAUUGUUAUGACUUUGAUGCAACCUUAUUUAGAUAAAGGUCAUAAUUUAUUCUUAAAUAGUUGGUUUACAAGUCCUACACUUUUUGAAAAGUUACAUACAAGAUCCACAGAAGCAUGUGGUACUGCAAGAGCAAAUAGAGCAGGAUUGCGUAAGUUUGAAGAUAAACCUAGGAAAGGUCAACAAGUUUAUCAAAGCACAGAUGACAUGCUGGCACUAAAAUGGUUUGAUAAAAGAGAAGUUAUAAUGUUACCUACUAUCCAUGAACCUCGUAUAGGAUUUACCGGAAAAAAUGAUCCAAAAACUAAAAGACCAAUUCAAAAACCAAUUUCAGUAAUUGAAUUCUAA